AUGGAAUCCCUGGUUUACGAGAAUUCGCCUUUGGCCGAGUAUCUUCGAGGAGAAGGUGAACAUAGUUCAGACUGGCCAGUCAAAGAGAGCGAGCAUGAAGACGACCUAUCCGACUCGACGACCGCCGACUUUGCGCCUCGAGGGGCGUCGAAGUUCCAGACCCGGAUACGGAACAAAUUGCCAAAACCUGUAAACUUUAAUGCGUCGCGCCAGACAGCCGCCCUGGGUCGGUUGUACGAUGUCUGCACAUCUGCUUUGAAUUCCCGUCUCGGUCGGAAUGAUAAUGAGAGAUUCUUGGAACAAUUCGGAUACGUCAUUGUCGCAUCGCAACUACUGAACGAACAUAGCGCUCCGUCGUACACCUCCGCUACCGAUGUGCUAUCCAAUACCGUCCCAACUGACCUUCCUGCAAUAUCUACAACGUUUGGUCUACAAGGCGCCUUUGUGACAGCCUCAACCUCCUUCUCGAUCGCUUGGUUAUUACAUUGGAGUCGGCCUCGGGCGGGAACGGGCAUCAACCCUCGAAAGGUUGGCGUGCUUUUAGUGCUGGUUCCGGUGCUUGGAGUGUUAUUUUACGCGUUUGCGAGACGCCAGUGGCUGAAAUACCUGCGACACCAAGCCGUCGAUGCUGCUGUGCUGUUGAUAGGUAAUGCUCAGGGAUUCGACUCGGCGGCUUCAGCAUCCGUAGUACUCGAAGACCAGACACAGGUCCGUCGGUGUCUGCGACUGCGUCGCAUCGUAUCCGAAUGCUUUUACUCUAUGCUGGACCACUAUAUUCAAGCGCAGCAUGUUCUACAGCCGCUGACAGACAGUGCAAAUCUCGCUAAAUACUACGACAUUUACGAUAUUUCGCAAGAAGAUCUCAUAGAGGUUGAAACAGCGCUCGCUGACCGAGAAACCGAAGAUCAAUUUUCUUUACGCGGCCUACGUACACUAUUCGGACGGUUAUACCUUGUUAGGAAGAGCAUUCUCUGCUGUCUUCUGGCCCUCGGCGCCGACGGGGGCGGCUCAGAUAUCGCGAGGUGGAGUACCGCUAUUGAACAGAUGCGAAACUUAACAACAGUAACUGGCCAGAACAUGCAAAGGAUGACCAGCGUCCUCAACGAAGAAGACCGCGCGGCUGAUGUCCCGCCAUCGCCACUUCCAACAGCUUCUCCCGGCAAAGAGCGCCUACGCGCUCAGUACAGGAAGCUGAAUUUGCUUUCUCAGGGCAUUCGUGCCCUUCAUGCAAAGAUGCACGUAUUUAAAGAAAUGUCAACAAACGAUCUAGAUCGCACUGACACAAGCGAGCUGGAAGCAUCACUCCUGGCUCAGUACGAAUCAAUCGGAAGUGACAUCAGGGGCUUGCUCCAAGAAUGGGAAUCCGGCAAAGCCAGCCUCACGAACAGCCUGGACAGGGACUCUGUUGCUUCUCGUUCGCGACCACCCAGUGGACUUUUCCCGGUUUCGCCCACGCCCAGUCUAGGCGGUACUACUGCAGUAGAAGGCAGUCCAUCUGACGCGCUGAGGGCGUUGAACGGCGAAAGCAGGCCUGUUUCAGGUAUUAACUAUAGCAUCGACGACGUUGAAGAGGUUCUCGAAGCUGUUGCCCUUCCGCGAAAUAACAAGCGAGCUUCUUUGACCCGAGAAGAGCGUAUCGCGCGAGUAAAAGAAGACCGAGCUAAACAAGCUGCUGCACGAGACCGAAUGGACGCUAACACUCACAUGCUCAAAGAGCUCGAGAUGGUGAUCAAGCAGAGACCCAAAACUACCCAUUCAAAACGCGUCACAAGCCUCUGA